GGAGCGGGCAGCAGCGGCAGGCGCAGGCCCGCGCGGAGCGGGUGGUGGCAGUGACAGGAGGCGCCCUAGUCCCCGCGAUGGAGCCCGCUGUGUCCCUGGCCGUGUGCGCGCUGCUCUUCCUGCUCUGGAUCCGUGUGAAGGGGCUGGAGUUCGUGCUCAUCCAUCAGCGCUGGGUGUUCGUGUGCCUCUUCCUCCUGCCACUGUCGCUAAUCUUCGACAUCUGCUACUACGUGCGCGCCUGGGUGGUGUUCAAGCUCAGCAGCGCGCCGCGGCUGCACGAGCAGCGCGUGCGGGACAUCCAGAAGCAGGUACGAGAAUGGAAGGAGCAGGGCAGCAAGACGUUCAUGUGCACCGGGCGCCCUGGCUGGCUCACCAUCUCACUGCGGGUUGGGAAGUACAAGAAGAUACACAAAAACAUCAUGAUCAACCUGAUGGACAUUCUGGAGGUGGACACCAAGAAACAGAUUGUCCGUGUGGAGCCCUUGGUGACCAUGGGUCAGGUGACUGCCCUGCUGACUUCCAUUGGCUGGACUCUGCCUGUGUUGCCCGAGCUCGAUGACCUCACCGUAGGGGGCUUGAUCAUGGGCACUGGCAUCGAGUCGUCAUCCCACAAGUAUGGUCUGUUCCAGCACAUCUGUACAGCCUAUGAGCUGGUCCUAGCUGAUGGCAGCUUUGUGCGAUGUACGCCGUCUGAAAACUCAGAUCUGUUCUAUGCUGUGCCCUGGUCCUGUGGGACACUGGGCUUCCUGGUGACCGCUGAGAUCCGCAUCAUCCCUGCCAAGAAGUACGUCAAGCUGCGCUUUGAGCCAGUACGGGGCCUGGAGAAUAUCUGUGACAAGUUCUCCCGCGAGUCUCAGCAGCUGGAGAACCACUUCGUGGAAGGGCUGCUAUACUCCCUGGAUGAGGCCGUCAUCAUGACAGGCGUCAUGACAGACGAAGCAGAGCCCAGCAAGCUGAAUAGCAUUGGGAAUUACUACAAGCCAUGGUUCUUCAAGCACGUGGAGAACUACCUGAAGACAAACCAAGAGGGCCUGGAGUACGUUCCCCUGAGGCACUACUAUCACCGCCACACGCGCAGCAUCUUCUGGGAGCUCCAGGACAUCAUCCCCUUCGGCAACAACCCCAUUUUCCGCUACCUCUUUGGUUGGAUGGUACCUCCUAAGAUCUCCCUCCUGAAGCUGACCCAGGGCGAGACCCUGCGCAAGCUGUAUGAGCAGCACCACGUGGUGCAGGACAUGCUGGUGCCCAUGAAGUGCAUGCCGCAGGCCCUGCACACCUUCCACAACGACAUCCACGUCUACCCCAUCUGGCUGUGCCCCUUCAUCCUGCCCAGCCAGCCAGGCCUGGUGCACCCCAAAGGAGAUGAGGCAGAGCUCUACGUCGACAUUGGGGCCUAUGGGGAGCCACGCAUAAAGCACUUUGAAGCCAGGUCCUGCAUGAGGCAGUUGGAGAAGUUCGUUCGAAGCGUGCAUGGAUUCCAGAUGCUGUAUGCCGAUUGCUACAUGAACCGGGAGGAGUUCUGGGAGAUGUUUGACGGAUCCCUGUACCACAAGCUGCGGGAGCAGCUCAACUGCCAGGACGCCUUCCCAGAGGUGUAUGACAAGAUCUGCAAGGCCGCCAGGCACUGAGCUGCAACCCGACUGGGAAGGAGACUUGUGGAUGGAUCCUGUCCCCCAGGGCUAGGAGGCAUCUUCCCUUCACUCAAGCUCAGCUGCUGUCCAGCUUCACACUUUCAGAUAGAGGCCCUUCCAUAGUCCCACCCAGACAGCCCCCUGGCUUCCUCCCAGUUCCCAGGGGGCAGCCUAGUGGAGUGGAAAGAGCCUGGGAUCCGGAAUCAGACAAGCUUGAGUCCAGUUCCCAGUUUAGUCACUUAUUAGCUGUGCAUCUCUGGGCAAGUCACUUAACCCCUCUGAGCCCCAGUUCCUUCAUCUGUCCAAAGGGAAUGAUAAUACCUACCUGCAGGUCAUUGUAAAGAUUAGCAGUCAUAUAGGUCAAGCACUUGUCACAUUGUGGGUGCUGGUAAGUGGUGGCUAUUAUUGGUUCCCACUCAGCAUCAUGUUUGACUAAAGUAUCUUGGAUUCAGCAGUUGAGUCCAGAAAGCCUCACAUUAGGUCACCUGUGCACAGGUUUGGCUGGAAUGAUGAAGGGGAUGCCCUGGAGUUUCACUGCCAUUGCCUCAGUCAGCCAGACGGGCUCCUCAUGGGGAGAAGGAAGGCAUCUCUCCAUUCCUGGGGACUCAGGAGGGCAGCAGAUGCAGUAGGCAGACCCAAGAAGUGUUGUGCCAAAGCCAGGUCCGAUUCCAAAGUUGUCUCUGCCAUCCUUGGGGACAUCCUGCCCCUUCCAUGCCUCCUUCACACAUGGCUUGCAGGCCUACCCCAGCCAUUGCUGAGUCCACUCAGGACCAUGUCACUGGAGAGGACACGUCAAGGCUGAUAGCUAUCGCAGCCUAGGUCUGGGACCCCUAGGUGAAGGGAGUGGUCUCCACUCUGAAUUUGAUCCCAAGGACCUGGGCCCAUACUUCUUGGCCCUCCAACCCUCCACACCUCCUUUUGUCCCCAGAACCCACUUAGUCGUGGUAGGGACACUUCCAUGCCACUCUGUGGCAUGGGGGCUGGGGUAGGCCACACCAAGCCGGAAAAUGGAGUCUGCCAUCAUUACUUCUGUGAGGCAGGUCUGAAAGGAAACAGUAUCAUGGACUACUGAUUUCUCCAACUGCUUGUCUCCUUUUUUUUUUCUUUUUUUCACCCCAGCUAGUUAAUUUCAGUGCCUUACGAAUCCUGAGCUCAGAGAAAAGCUAGCUCUGUUUCUGUUCCAGCAGAAGGAAACGUCCCCAAGAUCCUUCCCUACUUGUUACUAAAGCUUGGCUAUUUAUGCAGCUCCAUCUUAUGAACUUCACAGCCUCAGCUGAAAACCCAGAAUCUAAAAAGGGAAGGUGGAAUUCUAUGAGCUUUGCCAGGCAGUGUGAUAUGUGGAGAGAGAGCACUAGGCCAGGAGUCCAGGGACCUGGGUUUCAGUCCCUGCUCUACUGUCAAUGAGCUGUGCUACCUUGGGCAAACCGCCUGUCCCCUCUGAGCUGUGCUUUCCUCACCUCAUCUAUACAUAUCAGUACAGCCAAGACCUCCCCAGCCCUUCUGCUGUAAAAGACUACCGGUGGCCUUGGAUACCACGGUUACAAAGCCCGUAGAAAGUAAGUGGAAACAUAAAGGGUCCAGGUGGACAAUUGGGGGUUGUUCAUCAUUUCAGGUCCUUCCCUCAGCCCCAAGGCUAGCUCCCAUCUCAUUCACAGAAAGGUGCAUCCAUCCAUGGCUUGCAGUCUUGCCACUCAAGGUUGCCAGAAUCUUCUUAAAGUCAUGUUUCGACUAAAGGAUACUCACCCAUCCCACCUAGGGCUUGGCACACUCUGCAAAGUGUCUUAACCUGCGUCCUGUGAGUGCUGAGUGCAUCCAUAGCUCUCAGAAGGUAAAGGAACUGCCCUUACCCAUUUGGCCUCUGGAGGGGGCAUAAGAAAAAAAUAAGCAACCUCACUCUUCAGCUUGUAUGCAAAGUGCGUGAAUUCUAGCAUUAGCUCUCCUAGUGGAUCCAUGUGCUUCCUCGCUUGGUGCUGAACUGAUGAUUCUACUUGCUGUAGAGGAAUGGUUUCCACCAGCUCGAUUAACCCAACAGUCAGAGCUCCGUCAUUUCCCCAGUGGAGCUGCCAUCCCUAAGACACUGAGUGUGGCCAGAGAUGCCAGCAGCCUCUGUCACUUUUAGUCCUAUAAACCAAAAUCCUGCUCUCUGCAGACCUCAUCCAGAGCCCUAGGGCUAGGAAGGGAAAGUGUUUGGGGAUCAUGUGGACCUCAGGUUAAUAUUUUGCUCCAGUAAUGCCUUGCUUGGAAAGAGACCAUCCUCCCAGCGUACUGAGCUGAGUUACCAGCUUCUUCAUGCACCCAGUCCUGUCACUGUGGGUGCGGUGGUUUCGGGUGGAGCUAAACUUGGUGCUGGGGGAGUGCAUGUGGGAAGGAAGAGUAGGCCUCUCCCCUCCAGAGCCCCCAGUUCCUUGGCUGCAUGAAGGUUUUCUGUAAAAUCAAGUUGCAGCCGGUUUCUUGGGCUGGAAGGAUGAAUCAUUUAAUUGGGUGUUAUGGCAGGAGAAGGAGUGGGUGUGGAAGCGUAUGGUGUGUGAGUUUUAUUUUUUUCCUUGAUUAUGGGGCCGAGGGGGAGGGCAUGAGUCUCCCCAGCCACAGAUGCUGUGCCUGCUGUAUAGAACAUUUCAUGUUCCUGUGGCUGUGUGGCCGCUGCUCCUACAAAAUAAAACUAUGGCCUGGAAACUAGCCUUUGCCCUUUCUUGCUCUGGGGUGUGUUUAGUGGGGACUACUGAGUGUGGCGUCAGACCUGGGUUCAAGGGCAGGCUGUGCCACUCACCAGGUCAGGUUCCCUCUGAAAAGGCUGAAAGACAACAUGGGAAAAUGACAAGUUUAUUAAGGUAGGGAGGUGCUUGACCCAUUUUGAAUUUCUGUCAUUGUCACAAGGUCAUCUGGCAUAGGUGUUAAUAAAAAACCUGUUGCCACUGAGUCGAUUUCGACUGUUAAAAACAUUAAGACUUCUUUGACAAUUAAAUGUUUAUUAAGAGAGAGAGAGGCAUUUGCGAACAGGCAAUCAGUUAUAGAGAACCUGCUUCGAUUAUGCAAAGUGGGUUUUUGUUUAUAUGUCAUUUACAAUCUUGUGAUAAAAGAAGGUACACCUGGUUUUUUGGAGGUUAUACAGUAGUGCAGAAGAACAAGACCCAAGGAAUACACAAAACUGUACAGAUACUGGUCUUGGGGAAUACAAAUUUUUAGGCUAAAUGUCUACCAUCUGUUACUUCCAAGUGAGCAAGGUCCUUGGGAAAACAAGAAGGGGCAUUCUUAAGGGACUAAUGAGGUUGGUUUGCAGGGGUAUUGUAAAAAUGGUGUGGCAGGGCGGUGUCUGACAUUCUUUAGCUUCACCAGGAGGAAGGAAAAUCAAGACCAAUAGCCCAAGGCUGAUUCCUAUGAGAGGGAGGUCAGACAUGCCUCCUCUCUCUCUUUACCAAUUCUGACACCAGCUAAGUGGCACUCUGCUUACCUGCUGGGUUCAAUAAUUCAUCGCAAUGGCCACACAGAAAUCACAGACAAUACUCAUGAUUAUGGGGUUUAUUACGGAAGUAACAGGUUACAAUUCAGAUUCAGGAAAGCUCAGGAUACAGUUCUUCCAUCAGGACAGCCUCUUCUGAGCCAUGUUGUAGGCAUGCUUCUCUCUGGCCUCUCAGCAUCUGCCCUGCUCAGGCAAACUCUUUUAGCUCUGCCGAUAAGUGCUUAGAGGCACUGCACUCUACCAGUAAGCCUCUGCCCAAAGGUGCUCAGCUCUAACUGAUGGGUCAGCAAACCCAGCUCUACCAGGUGCCCGAAGGCACUCAGCCUUCUCCAUGGGCUGGAAAGCCCAUCACUUCAUCUCCUGCUGGUCUCCUGCCUCUGCUGCUGCCACUUCUAGCAGUCUUCAGUGUUACAGCUCUAGGUAUCCUGGUUCUAGGAGCUUCUCAGUGCAGGGGUCCUGGGUCCAAAGAACACACUCCACUUCCGGCUGUUCUUUCUUCGUGGUGGUGAGAUCCUCUUUUUCUGCCUCUGGGAUGGCUCAUUUUAAGCCUAAGUAGAAUGGCAAAACUGACCUACCGCCCUUAAAAAAAGACUGCCCUUGGUCGGCCACAAUUACCUUAUUUGAGGGAAUUAUAAGACCAUGACAAGAAAGGUCAUGUAAAAGUGAUUGAUUCACUGCUUUUCUAGCCAUGGUUCUUUCAUACUCGAAGGAUAACUUCCCCCUCCCAAUCAGUUUACUAUCCAGAACAGUCAUUAACAAUUAGUCUUUCAAUAGAGCAAAGAGUCCUCAGGGUGAGGUUACUCAGGUACUAGCCAUUCAGGUCUGCUGUAGGUGUCCACCUGAUCCUGUCAGGUUCUCCAAAAGUCAUCUUGGCUUCGCCCUUUCUGUUGUCGGAUAAAAUUUAACUAAAAGAAGAUCAUUCCCUUGCUCUGAGCUUCACGAGGUAUCAGCAUAGCAAAACCUUUAAAGGACUUUAGGUUCAGCCACUGUACUCCAGUCCAGCAGUGCCUCCCCCUUAGUCCAUCCGCUCUUUCCCAGUUACUGCUUCUACAAUUACAGGUCUUAUAAUCAUGGUCAACCCUGUUAACAAUCACCACUCACAAUUGAAUAAUAUAAUCUUAUCAGCAUCUCCCCCCACCCUUUCUUUCCCAGACUCAUCAGGAAAAGAGGAAAUUAUUUAGUGGGGACCCUCCCUUGUUCCCCUCAUUUUGGGCGUUAAGUAUACUUACAAAAUCAUGUAAGCCAGCCACUUUAUGCCUUUACCUCUCCCCAUUUUAGAUAGUUAAAGUUUAAAUUGUCUGUCCCUAUUAAACUAAUAUUUUGAAGAGACAAGCCUGUUUCUUUAUCUGAAGAAUCUUCUAUUCUGGUUGGAACUUUGAACAUCUGUAUCCAUAAGCAAAGUUCAGUCCAGAGCAAGUCAUUAAAUUAUAGCAAUUUACAGUAGUUCACGGUGUCAGACAUCUUUCUCUUCAUUCGGUCGGCUUCU